CGCUUGUUGAGCGGCGGCGACAACCGACGUAUACACGGGGCUUGAGCGGCCUGUGGAGAGGGUGGCUGGUCGCGCCAUGAACUUGGGAGAUGGUUUAAAGCUUGAAACUGAAUUAUUGGAUGGAAAAACCAAGCUAAUACUGUCUCCAUAUGAACAUAAAUCAAAAAUUUCUGUAAAGCAGAUGGGAAAUAAGACCAAGAUUGCAAAAUGUCCUUUAAGAAAUAAACAAGCUGGAUACAUUCUGAAAUCACAAAAUACUUGUGUCAGGAGUGAAAAACUUUUGCAAAAGAAGAGAAUUUGUUCAGAAACUUCAUUGGCAAAAAGUGAAAAAAAUAGUAUGACUUUUUCACCCACUAAGGAUUUAUGCAAGCAGUAUGCAGAUAAAGACCAUCUUCAUAUCCAGAAAGAAAUUUCACCUGCAACCCCUAAUAUACAGAAGACUAGAAACAGCAUAAAUGCAUUUGUAGUAGCUAAACAGAAGCCUUGCAAAAAGCACAUCACAGCUGAAAAUGUGAAGAGCAGUUUGGUGUGUCUAACACAAGACCAACUACAACAGAUUUUGAUGACUGUAAACCAAGGAAAUAAAUCAGUUUCCCUGACUGAGAAUGGAAAGAGGGAGGAAACAAGUCAGUAUAGUCUAAAUUUAAACAAUAUUCCUGAUCAGCCAAAGGAUGAGAACAUCAUGGGACUUACGCAAAAAACUGAGGCCAUUUCAUCUGUUCAGGAUGAAAAAAAGUCUGUUUUAAAUGAAAAUCAGGUGACAUCUAAUCAGUAUGAGCAGAAAAUUGCCACAGAGAAUAUAUGGAAACCAGCUGACAUAUUCAGUACUCUGGGAGAAAGAGAACGUGAUAGAGGUUUGUUGGAAGCAAAAAAAGCCCAGUGGAGGAAAGAGCUUGAUGAACAGGUUGCUUUAAAGAAGAAAGAAAAAGAAGCUUCUGAAAAAUGGAAUAAUCCAUGGAAAAAAUCUGAAAGUGAUAAAAUAGUAUGGGAAAAACUUCAAAUUCUUGAUCAGGCUAAGACUUCUGCUAGCUAUUCUAGCAUUCUGUCACAGUCUCCCAGUCAGGUAAUGGUGAUCCAGGCUGACGGGCACUCACCACCUAGAGCUAGUCAGAUUUUAGAGGAAGCAGUACUGAUGGAGUGCCCUUUCAGUGCUGUGAAACAAGAACAGCAGAGAAAAUGGAUUGAAGAGUUGAACAAGCAAAUAGAGGAUGACCGGCAAAAAAAAGUAGAGGAAAAAAUUAUAUCUUCAAAGGGUGAGGAACAUGACAGAUGGGCAAUACAUUUUGAUUCAUUCAAGAGCUGUCCUGGUUCUCAGUCUCAGCUGUCCUCUCGGUCAACGCAAACACAACCAGAGUACUUCUGUGUCUCUCCGGACGCUCAGGACCUGGCUGAUAUCAGCAGUCUCUAUACACCUGCAGCGGGAAGCCAGGUUGAACCUUCAGAGGAGGAGCGUGUAGCAAGACCUGUUAGAGACGUGGCUGUGGAAAGCAGUAAGAAAAGGAACUUUCUCCGUUCUAUGACUGCUCUUUUGGACCCAGCUCAAAUUGAGGAACGAGACAGGAGACGACAAAAACAGUUAGAACAUCAGAAAGCCAUCACUGCUCAGGUAGAAGAGAAGCGGAAGAAGAAGCAGCUCGAGGAAGAGCAAAGAAAGAAGGAGGAACAAGAGGAGGAGCGUCGCUUAGCACGGGAACAAGAAGAGAUGCAGAAACAGUAUGAAGAAGAUAUACUUAAGCAAAAACAAAAGGAAGAAAUCAUGACUCUUAAGACAAUUGAGCUGUUCCAGACGAUGCAGAGAGCGCAGGAGCUGGCACAGAGACUGAAACAAGAACAGAGAAUCCGAGAAUUGGCUCAAAAGGGACAUGACACUUCUAGAUUGAUUAAAAAUCUUGGCAUUGAUACAAUACAAGUGGAAUAUAAUGCAUCUACUGACAACAUUGCAAAUUCAAGACAUGGCUUGGAUAAAAUCAGUGGUAAAAUGAAUACAUAUAUCAGCUCUACAGCCUCUCCCAGGAAGGACACUGGUGUGCAAACGGAUGACUUAAAUGCAGGAAUAUUUACCAAUAUAGAAUCACGCUGUGGAUCGGUAAUAGAGAGGGAAAUUAUAAACUGUUCAUCUCCUGAGAUUCCUGCAGAAUUUAAUGAACAGUUUAACACUAAGAAGAACAAGAAGCAAGAACUAGUAAAUCAUGAUAAUGAAGCCAACUUAGAAAAAGAAAACAGUUGGUAUAAUGACCAGUGUAAUCAGUUCACAAGAACAGAGAAACAAACAAAACAUAUGAAGAAGUGUCCUAAAAGGCCUGAUUGGAAUAUAAAUAAACCACUGAGACGGUAUAUUCCAGCAUCAGAAAAGUACCCUAAACAGCUUCAAAAGCUGAGAGAAGAAAAAAGAGUAAGAAGGCAGAUGGAACUGCUUCAUUUGGUAGAAAGAAAUAAUCCUGGACACCUUUCUCAAAAUAGAGUCACUUCACCAGAUGUUCUUCAUUCAUCUCAUCAAGAAACUGAACCAGGUUUCAGGUGGCAGCUAGUCAAAAAGGAAGAAGAACCUCGGAGAAUUAAUUCUUUCAGCAAGGAAAGGUCUCAAUCACCACCAGUUCCGGCAGUGAAGAACAGAACGCAGCAAACUCAGACACUAAAAAACAGUACUUAUGAAAGAGAGAAUCUGAUCUCAGGAGAUAGUCAAACAGAAUUAUCACCUGGGUUUUCUGAACCAUUUCAUUUUAUUCCCUAUGUCCGAACCAAUGAGAUCUAUUACCUUGAUCCAGAUGCACCAUUGUCUAGGCCUUUAACCCAGGAUCCUCAGUACCAAAAUCCACAUGACUGUGACCAAGAACAGCUUUUUGACCAUCUCAGGGACCCACUUCUUAAUCCUAACUUGGUGAAAAACAGGGAUCGACAGCAAGCAAUCCUUAAGGGACUGUCAGAACUGAGACAGGGCCUUCUCCAGAAGCAAAGAGAGUUGGAAACUAAUCUCAUGCCUUUAGCUGCAAAUCAAGAAGAGAAUUUUAGUUCUUCAUUUUAAAUGUAGGAAAUCAAAUCCUUUACAUUUGAUUUGUCUUCCAAAUUAUAAAAUGUGGUUGGUUGUUGCUUAACUGUUUUUAUCAAAUAGCCUAGGCUUCUUUUUAAAAUGCUUAUUUAAAACUUGUACAUUAUGUAGUAAAAUGCUGUGUG